AAAGUUAUUGUUGCAGUGAAACUGCGGUCAAGGGUACCAGCACCUACAGUCGUGAUUUAUGGUGUUCCAUUAUAAGUUGAGUUAAAAGACCUAUCAUUGCUAGCAGCGCAGACAACAACAAUCCCCUUCUCAAUUGCUGAAAGAGAAGCAAUUGCAACAAGCACGUCAGUUUUUGUCAUUCCAUCAAUCACACCUGGCAGUGCAAGCUCUGUCAUCCACGAGGCUUUGUACAUGGCAACAUGUGCACGUGGUGCAACCCCUUUUGCUGUGCCUUUUGCAUAUCCAAAGUGACUUGCUCCUAAAACGUAGUUACCUGCAGCUGUGGAUGAAGUGUGGGUUCCAUGGCCAUAAGCAUCCCUUGGGAACUGCAACUUACAAGGUCAAGGUGGUUGAACCAGAGGGUUCUACCAUUGUUGUCUCACCAGAGACUUUAGCCUUUAGAAAGACACAUGAGAAACGGAGUUACAGUGUGGCCAUGAAGUAUCGGAGUGACAAGAAUGGGAAAGUUUCAUUUGGUGAACUUGUGUGGAUUGAAAAUGGAAAACAUACUGUUAGGAGUCCUAUUGUAAUAUCACCUCCUAGUUCCCGAAAGGGUUUCUCCAGGCCAUGAUUAGGGAAUUUCCAUUGUGGCAUUGAAGCUAUGCAGGGCAUUAUCAUACAGUUCGAAUUACUGGACUGUUGAAGUUCUCAGAACCAAAUGAGAAUGAAGAAUGAAUCAGCAAGACAGUAAUGACAUUCCUUGAUAGAUAAUUUUUCUUUGAUGUCGGAGUUACUGAACCUUAUCCGUUGUCCAUUUUCAGAGGUCCUGCAAUUUCCAGUUCAUCUAAGCAUGAGCAGUGCAGUAGCUCGGUCCAUCACAAGCAAGGUUGCCUGCCCUUUGCUGCUAGCCCGUUUUUCAAGUUUUGAGGGUGGAUGGAGUCUUUGUUUAACAAGAGAAUCAAUGGGUGAAUAAUAGCCCAACAAUCCAGGUCAGUGGGACAGUAAACAAUUAAAAUCGGCCUAUAUAUUCUUCUAAAAUUUUGAUUUAAUUAGUUUAAUCAAGAAAUAGAAGUCCACAUAAUCUUGUGUUCUACAAUAAUGCUCCUAAAGUUAAAUAAAAAAUCAGUAAACGAAUCUUAACAUAUUUUUGGAAGUAGAGAGUCAGAAGGAGUAAGAUUAACAAUAAAAUUUUUAAAGAGAAUAUUAAUAUCCAACAGAUCACUACUGUAAAACUAAAUAUGUUGCAUGUUGUGGCUUAACCACAAGUUAUAUUUUGACUGGUAAUUAUUGGCAGUAUUCCUCUAUGUUGAAUGUGAGAUAAUGUAUGAUCUUUGAUUGUGCUUAGUGUCCCGGCUUUUAGAUAGCCUCUUUUAGUUUUCUUUUUCUUGUAAAUUGAAAACUGUCCAUAUAGAUGGGGUAAUACAGAUCUUAGCAAUUG